AGAGAGAGAGAGAGAGAGAGAGAGAGAGAGAGAGAGAGAGAGAGAGAGAGAGAGAAGCGAAAGCGAAGUGAAAAUCUUUGGAAUCCGUUUUGAACUCACUCGCCGUCAUUCUUCCACUCUUCACUGAUCGGUUUCAUCAAUCUCCACCGCUUCACCACCAGAUUCUGUGGUGCUUUCAACCCAUAAUUUUUCAAUUUUUUUUCUUAAUUCAAUUCAAGUAAAGUAAUGAUUUUUAUUCUGGUUUAUUCUCCUAUCGCAUGAUCACCGUUCGUUUUUGCGGUUUUCUCUUCUGGGUUUUUCGAGGUUUCGUUUUUUCUUUUGUGGGUCGGUGUUUUUUUUCUUGAAAAUUGGGAAAAAAAAUACUAAUUUUUGUUUAAUUUGGGUUUUUUUGAUAAUUUUUUUGGGGGUUUUGUUGAAGUUAUGCUGGACUUCAGAGAAGGUUCCAAUGUGAAAAGGGUACUUUCUGGAAUUUGGAGUUUUUUGGUUUAGGUUUAGAAAUUUUUGGUGUGUGUUUGUUUGGUUAAAUAUGGACGAUAAUACUGAGCUUGAAGAAGGAGAAGCUUGCUAUUAUAAGGAUGAUGAUGAUGACAAACUUGACCUUGAUUCUCUCUCUUACAUUGACGAGAGGAUUCAACAUGCUCUGGGCCAUUUUCAAAAGGACUUUGAAGGUGGCGUUUCUGCUGAGAAUUUGGGUUCAAAAUUUGGUGGCUAUGGUUCCUUUCUACCUACCUAUGAACGCUCUCAUCCAAGGACUCCACAAGGAAACCACAGCUCACCAAAAUCUCCAAUCGUUCUCCACAAGGAGGCUGAGGCUGGGUCUAACAGAAAAGCACCCUCAAAUAUGCCUCCUUCUGCAAGGAUUGGAAAUGCUUCUCUUAGUUCAAAUUCAUUUCGUGAUGUAAGGUCAGCUUCGGUAGAUGUCUCAGCGAAGAAAGACAGUGGAGUUUCUUCCAAUGAUGUAGUUGGGAGGUGCACUUUGAAAGAUGAUACUGCAAUUAAGAAAGGAAAUUCAACUGACCAAAGAACGCUGAAGUUUAGACUCAAAAUGAAUUCCAACUUCUUAGCGCAAAAAACUGCAGAAAUUUAUAGUGGCCUUGGGCUUGAUGACUCCCCGUCUUCCUCAAUGGAGCAUAGCCCUGUGGAAAGUGAAGGCACUCCUCCACCUCCACCUCCACCUCCACCUCCACCUCCACUUCCACCUCCACCUCCACCUGUAUCUAAAGCGAAUGCUGAGGAUUCCGAAAUCGGCAUUAUUCAGGUUAUGACUUCCUUUCCGUUCCCUGGAGGUAUCAUAACAUCACCUCUUCAUGAAAGUUUGCUAUCCUCAAUGAAAAACGAAAAAAUCAUUGGAGACAGAAGAUAUAUGUCUUCUCGUAAUUGUCAUCAAGAACCUCGUUCCAUGUCUACUGAUGAAUCAGAUUCUUUUGUUGCGGACGGCCAUUUGAAGAAGAGGAUAGUGAGAAUAGUGAGACAAAAGGAAAAGAAGUUGGAAGAGAAGCAAGUGAAUGGCACCCUUCCUGAGAAAGAUAUUGCAUUGCAUACGAAGAAAAGGUUGGGGAGCAGGACACCAGAUUGCAAGGAAUUUCUCUCUAAUGAAUUGAAAUCGACACCUAUGUCAAGUUCAAUUUGUGAUGUGGGUGAAACUGCCGAAGUGACUGCUAAAGCUUCUAAUGUCUCCAAAAAGUUUAGUGAUAAUGGGGUGCAAGGCAGAAUGGUUUCUGUUGAAGCAUUGAAGGAGGAAUCAUUGGAGUCUAUAUCUGGUCAUGAUUUUAAAAAGACUGAAAAGCAAAAUGCUGGCAAUGGAUUAAGGAAAAAUGUUUUAGAAGACAAACUGGAAAGUUCCAAAAAGGAUAGUUCUACUGACCCUAAUAAUGACGACAAGUGUAAUAAUGCUUACAUGAUUUCCAAAAAUGUUGAGCGUGAUGCAGUCAAGUGUAAGAUUGACAAAAUGUAUGAGACCCCUCAGAGAGUAAAGGUUGUAUCUGAUGGGAAGAACAAGUCCAAAGGUGACCGAAGUCCUGGGAAACCUGAGGUUGUUGCAAGAGAAGAUAGCGUUGGUGGUACUAAUAAUCCAACAGUAACUGAUAAAGGGAGUGCUGGGUUUAACACAGAUAGUAAAAGUAAAAUGAUCAAAACAAAGUCAGUGAAGGAUAAUAAGGUCAGACAUGGUAGCAAAGGUUCAUUGAAAGCAAAACACUUAGAUCAGAAAAUUGAAGCUUUUCCUGGUAAUAGUGCUGUAAAAUCUUCUAAGUCCAACGAAAAACAGAUUCCAUUUGGGGCUAAAGUAAAGGAAAGACCAAGUGGCAAUAAAGUGGUAGCCAGGCCAUUCCAGACAGAUACUUUGGGUUUAUCUCCUAUGGCUGAAAAUAACCCUGCUCCGGAGAUGAUUCCAACAGCAGUAGCAGCACCUCAACUUAUUAAUGAAGACUGGGUAGCUUGCGACAGUUGCCAGAAAUGGCGGCUUCUACCUACCGGUGUAACACCCGAUCAACUGCCAGAGAAAUGGUUAUGUAGCAUGCUUUAUUGGCUGCCUGGGAUGAAUUCUUGUGACAUCAGUGAGGAUGAGACAACAAAGGCACUGUAUGCUUUAUAUCAAAUGCCAAUGUCUGAGGGUCAAAAUAAUUUGCAAACGCAUGCCUCUGAAACAGCAUUUGGUGUAAGCUUUACUGAUGCUUUGAAGUUUGGACUGAAUCAGAAAAAUUCCAGUUCUGAUGUAUUGCCUGAUCGAGGAACGAAAAAACAUGUUUUUAAGGAAAAGAUGAUGUCAGGAAAGAUCAAUGCUCAAGCAUCCGGAAAAAAUAGAAGCAUGAAUGACGUGAAUCAACAUCCUACGGAUUCAAAACCAAUGAAGACAAUGAGUUCUAAACAUUCUAGCAGGUUUGACAACAUGAUCGAAGAUAAACAUGUGUCUGAAGAGAAAGAAAUGCAAAUAAGUGGAGGUAGUAGAAAGCCUAUUAAGUUGAAACGUAAGAUGGAUGCUGAUCAAUCUAGUUCGGGAACUCCCAAGAAAUCAAAAACUGAACAUGUGCCCUAUGCUGAUAGACAAUCAGAUCCUGGCAUGGGCCUUGGGAAAGUUGUUCUAAAUGCAAGAAACAGUGUACCAACAAAAGCUAGCAGGAAGGAUGUGGGAAAGUAUGAUGAGUUUGGUUUACCCGAUGAUGAUGACGAGGACAGCUUACUAGCUCCUGUAAAGAAAGAGAGAGAUCAGGUUGAGGUCACUUCUGGUGUUUGCUCCUUGGAUGCGAAGAAUACCAGUAAAAAUGGUGGUUUAACGAGGAAACGGAAAUUCAAGGACUGUCCGGAUGAUGAGACUGAGAAGCAUAACAGGUCAUCCUCUUUGCAUGGUGAUAAGCAAUGCGGUGGAGGGGGAAACACAAGUAAACUUCGGAUGGAAAGUCAGCAUAAAAUUUUGAAACAAGAGGCAAAAUCAGUAGCUGAAGGUGAUGAUAAAUUGAGGAAAGGUGAGAUGAGGCGAGUUUCCUUACCAGGCAAUCAAGACCAACUGACGGUUGAGACAGAAGGAAGAUACACUGACAAAGACCGCCAGCCAAUGAAGCGCAGAAAAAAUGUUGCAUCUCAUCAAGCUUUGGACGGUAUUUCUCCAUUGGGCUUUGGAGGACAACUAGCAUUUGCAGCAACUUCAAGCUCUUCAAAGGUUUCAGGUUCUCAUAAAGCUAGAACCAACUUCGAUGAUGUGAAAGGUUCUCCUGUGGAAUCUGUUACUUCGUCACCUUUGAGGUCCUCUAACCUAGAUAAACGUGUUUCAGCAGCAAGAGACAUUUCAGUGAAGGAUGAUUCUGUAAAAGUCAGUCUGUCUUCAAGGAGAAGUGCAAAUAAUGGGGAGGGGAAGUUAUCAUUAAGGUUGAAGGGGAACAAGAUUCUGUCUAAUGCACAUCCUGCGCCACAUAAAUUAUCUUCAGAGUACCAGAUUAAGGAAGCUAAAGACAAAAUCAGGGUCCAAGCGAAAACUUCCUCUGAAAUUAAGGGUAAUCGUUUGCUUGGUGUUCCCGUUGAAGAGCAUGGCAAUUGUGCUAAUAGCAUGCGUCAUGCCGAGAAAGUAAACAAGAACAACCAGAACGAACUUUCUGGGAAGAAACCUGACAAGGUUACAUCAUUGCACAGCAUGGAAAUGAACAGAAGGUCCGGUUCUCAGGUUGGUACAGAUAAGAUGAAGGUUUUGGCAUCAGAGAAUUGUUAUUCCAAGAAUGGUGGAAGGCAUGAUUCAGAAGUUGACCCUAGUCAUCGUUCAUUUGGUACCGAGACAAGAAAUGAUGCUAAAUACUGUUCUCCUAUGUCUAAAUGUGAGAUUGACAAUAUAAGUCAGAAGAGUGCUUUAAGACAUGGGUCAAUCGAAACUGGAAAGCAAACCGAGGUGAAACAAAAAAACUUCGAGAAACCAGUAAUGAAUAUGGAUAGUCAACAUAGUACUGGUGGUACUAGAAAGACUAUCUCCCAGCAGAACGUGACUCAGGAUGUUGAGGAACAAAACAAAGUUAAUCAUGUAAGCACAGAAUCAAGAGACAGGAAAUCCAAAGCUCUUGGAUCUGCUGAUGCUGAAAUAAAAAGGGAAACAUUAACUUUACCUCGGUAUCAAAAGGGAGACAUGUCUAAUGAACAUCCAGUCCAUGCUGGCAACAGUGGUUUGACCAAGUUAGCGAGAUUAUCUGCUGAUUCUAGCAGCAAUGUCUUAGUUAAUUGUAGUUCUGGAAGUGUUCCACCUGGUCAACAACUCACUGUGUCAAGUCCUGUGAGAACAAAUGCUAACCAAACUUCCGUUGACAUUCUGGAAGAAGCCUCAAAGCUAAAAGUCAAAGCAGAUACUUAUAAGAACUCUGGAUUUGAUUUUGAAAGUAAUGAGACCUACUUUGAAGCUGGUUUGAAGUUUCUGCAUGGAGCAUCUCUUGUAGAAAGUUGUCACAAUGAGAUUAGCAAGCAUGUGGAGAUGAGUCAAAUGCAAAUUUAUGCCACUGCAGCCAAACUUUUCAAGUCAUGUGCCUUUGAAUAUGAAAGUCGUAAGGAAAUGGCAGCAGCUGCUUUAGCAUAUAAAUGCAUGGAGGUGGCAUACAUGAGAGUGGUUUACUGUAAACAUUCUAGUACAAACAGAGAUAGGUGUGAGUUGCAAUCAACUCUUCAAAUGGUUUCUCAAGGUGAAUCUCCUUCAUCUUCGGCAUCUGAUGUUGAUAACUUAAACAAUCAAGUUGCAAUGGAUAAGGCUACUUUGCCCAAGGGUACUAACGCCAAUGUUGCUAGUAACCAUGUCAUUUCUGUUCGAACUCGUCCAAGUUUGGUCAGGCUUCUUGAUUUUACUCAGGAUAUAAAUUUUGCAAUGGAGGCUGCUACAAAAUGUCAGUGCACAUUCGGUGCUGCCAAUGCGAUGAUGGAAGAAACACGGAAUAGGGACUGUAUAACUUCUAUUAGGAGGGUUAUUGAUUUCAGCUUCCAGGAUGUAGAUGAGCUUGUACGCCUGGUUCGGAAUGCGACAAAAGCCAUAAGUGGUGCUGGUCUUGGUGGUGCUAGAGAUUAACUUGAUCAUCAUGUAUAUAAUGUAUUUUUCUAAGUUGUGCUUCUCCACUGAGAUGGCAUUCUGAAAGGAAGAGGAAAUCUGCUAAGUUGGCUGGUUGCUGGGAUAUGUUACCUUUGUGUACAUUUGUACAAAAAAAAUGUGAUUGCUCAGAAAUUUUGUAAGGAGAUUUUAAUUAAGGGUUCUUAGUAGGGGCAUAACACACCCUUAUAUUAUGAGUUAGAAAGAGGGAAGGGAUAAUGCAUUAGAGUUCAGUGCUACAUUCUUUGCUCCACUUAAUUGGAGCCCUAGAAAAAAGAAUAGAAUAUGGAGAUGUUAGGAGGAAGCAACCAUUUUUGAGGGCGUUGAAUACUGAUAUAGUUAUAGUAGGUCCAAUUUUUUUAUGAUAAACUCUUUGGUGUUUAUGAUAUCAAAAAUUUUGAAUGAAUAGAAAUCCUUGCAGAAAAUUAAUUUCCUUGUGCUGUGUAUGUCAUCUAAUAUAAUUCGAUGUUAAACA